UGGUUUAUGGCGAGAACAUACUGUAGCUGAUGGCUGGCGAAUGGGAGAACUAUCGGCAGGCCAAGCAGAGCUCGGCCCGCAAGAAGGCCCCGCCCACCACGAUGACUGCCGGUUCAACGGCCCCUCGCACGCCCCGAACUUUAAAGAACAUGUCCUCAAUGUCGACCUCGACAAUGUCGUUGCGCAAGACCCCAACAAUCCAGCUGAUCACUCCCAAUAUGACCAAGAGCACUGGGAAUCUGCACAAGCGACUGAAUCCAUCAGCAGCCGCCAGCUCUUCGGGGUAUCGGACUCCCAACGCCAAGCGCAGCCUCAUGAGCUCUCUGAAUUCGAUACGCCCGUCGCCGUCUACCGCACAGCGGCUGGCCAACAGCCAGCUGAAGGCGUCCAAGUCGCCACUAAAGCGGGUUCGCGUCCUGGACAACACAUUGCGUCGCAGCGGGGGAUUGGGCAGACGCAGCAUUGGCACACGCUCGAACAAGAAGCCACGCACAAAAACAGCGGUGCCGGAUACAAGAUCGCCCAGCGAUUCCGAGUAUAUGACCGAUGAGACCACUGAAAAUGACCGCGAAGCCGGGAUCUCCUAAACCACAAUUCGGUGGCGUCGGCCGCCAACACACCGUCAAAGCAGGCGGUCAAUCAGGAGGAGAGGCCUCGAUUUGGCAAUCAAUUGAAGCUCCCAUCGCCACGUGAAAGUCGCAUGUGGCCGAAUC